AUGGAAGGCACACAAACCUGCAGCUGUAAAAGGAGGAUCCUGCAAUACUUUGCUAUUAUGUUUGCUUGCAAGAUGGUUUCUGGGCAGAUUCAUUACUCGAUUCCUGAGGAGAUGCACAAAGGCUCCUUUGUGGGAAAUAUUGCAAAGGACCUGGAAAUGGAGGGGAUGAAGAUUUCAGAAAAUGGACUCCGCAUUAUUCCCAAUGUAGGUAUGAUCCAAUAUUUUGCUUUCAAUGUCAACAGUGGUCAUUUAGAAACAUCUGAGAGAAUUGACCGGGAAGAAAUAUGUGGACAGGUAGAGAAGUGUAUAUUGAAAUUCCAGAUUCUUCUUGAAAGUAAAUUAAAGCUUUAUGCAGUUGAGGUGGAAAUUACUGACAUAAAUGACAAUGUUCCUCAUUUCCCUCUAUGGGAACAAGAGUUGGAAAUCAGUGAGGCAUCUAUACCUGGAUUCCGGGUCCCUCUUUCUGAAGCUCAAGAUCCAGAUCUGGGAAUAAAUUCUAUACAGAGCUAUCAACUCAGAGGCAGCAGCCAUUUUUCUCUGGAUACACAAAUAGGAAAAAAUGGUUUCAGACAUACUGAACUGAUACUGGAAAAAAUUCUAGACAGAGAGGAACAAGCUGUUUACAAUCUAAUCCUUACAGCUAGUGAUGGAGGAGAUCCUAUCCAAACAGGCACUGCAGAAAUCAAAGUUAUUGUUUUAGAUGCAAAUGACAACGCACCAGUUUUCAGCCAACCAAUCUAUGAAGUGAAUGUCAAAGAGAAUAUUCCUAAAGGAUCUAUUAUUGCUAUUGUACAUGCCACUGAUCUUGAUGAAGGGCUUAAUGGAGAGGUGAAAUAUUCCCUGAAAAAGACUACAAAACUGGAUGUUCCCAUAUUUCACCUUAAUUCCACAACGGGUGAAAUUACACUCAUUGGGAAUCUUGAUUAUGAAGAAUCUACUUUCUAUGAAUUUGAAGUACAGGCCAAAGAUUGGGGAGGAUUUACUGAUAGAUCAAAGGUUGUUAUUUUCAUUACAGAUUUGAAUGAUAAUACACCUGAACUAGCAAUUACUUUUGUCACCAAUUCCGUACUUGAAAGUGCACCACCUGGAACUGUUAUUGCAAUUUUAAAUGUACGAGACAGAGAUUCUGGAGUCAAUGGAGAAAUCACAGUCUCCAUUCCAGACAACUUCCCUUUCCAAUUAAAGAAGUCCUCUGAUGAGUUUUAUAGUUUGAUGACAGAUAACGCCCUUGACAGAGAACAGAUAUCAGCCUUUAAUAUAACCAUAAUAGUUACUGACCAUGGAAUGCCUUCUCUCUCAACAAACACAGUGAUUGAACUACACAUCCUAGACACAAAUGACAACCCUCCAUUGUUUCAGAAAUCAAUUUAUCCUUUUUAUGUUGUAGAGAAUAACCAAAUGGGUGCUUUUAUAUGUUCCUUAAAAGCGAAUGAUCCAGACUGGAAAAGGAAUGCAGUAAUAAGAUAUUCUAUCACUGGAAACCAGACAGCUGAAUCAUUUCUCUCCUCUUACCUCUCCAUUAAUUCUGAGACAGGAGCUAUUUAUGCAUUAACCUCAUUUGAUUAUGAAAAUUUUAAGAAGAUUCAGUUCCAAGUUAAGGCUCAGGAUGGAGGAUCCCCAUCACUCAGCUCAAGUGUUUCUGUUAUUAUUUACAUCUUGGACCAGAAUGACAAUGUGCCAGAGAUCCUGCACCCCUCCCCUCCCGCUGAUGGCUCCACUGGGAUAGAGCUGGCCCCUCGCUCUUCUGAGCCAGGUUACCUGGUCACUAAAGUAGUGGCAGUAGAUGCAGACUCUGGCCAGAACGCCUGGCUCUCCUACCAGCUGAUCAGAGCAACAGAACCAGGGCUCUUCACCGUGGGACUGCACACUGGUGAGAUCAGGACUGCUCGGCUUUUUCUGGAGAAAGAUGCCCUGAAGCAAAUCCUGGUGGUUUUAGUGAAGGACAAUGGGCAGGCGCCUCUCUCUGCCUCGGUCACUCUCACGGUGGUUCUGGCUGACAACAUCCCUGAAAUUCUCUCAGAUCUGAGCAACAUCUCAGCUCCUGUAGAUCCUCAGUCAGACCUCACUUUCUACUUAGUGACUGCCGUGGCGUUUGUCUCCUGCUUAUUCUUUACCUUCCUCCUUGUGCUACUGGCAAUUAGAGUGUAUAGAUGGAGAAAUUCACAGAUGAAUUCUGGGAGAAUAAAUUUCAGUGGUGUACCUGCCUCACAAUUUGUAGGCAUCAAUGGAGUCCGAGCAUUUCUUCAUUCUUACUGCCAGGAGGUUUCUCUGACUGCAGAUGCCAAGGGAAAUCACUUUAAUAUUUCCAAAGCAAAUGAUUCAGAUACUCUGUGUAUUAAAGAAGAUUAUGGUGCAAAGGAUCCAAAUGUAACUGGUGAAGAUUUAAAUUUAAAUAAUGAUGAUCUAAUAGUAAUUCAGGUAAGCAAAACAAUGAAGAAAACUAAGAGAUUAUGGAAUUAUGGACAGAGAAUUCUGCAAUACUUUAUUGUGAUGAUUGUUUGGGAAGCAGUUUCUGGGCAGAUCCAUUAUUCCAUUCCUGAAGAGAUGCCAAAAGGUACUUUUGUAGGAAACAUUGCAAAGGACCUGGGAAUGGAUGGGAAACAACUUUUAGAUCAUGGACUUCGUGUUGUCAUUAAUGCAGGUACAAUUCAAUAUUUUCUUCUGAAUGUCAACCGUGGGCAUUUAGAAAUUUCCCAAUUAAUAGACAGAGAGAAAAUAUGCAAAGAGACAGAAAAAUGCAUAAUAAAAUUCCAGAUCCUUAUUGAAAGUAAACUAAAACUUUAUGGAAUUGAAGUAGAAAUCACAGAUAUAAAUGACAAUGCUCCUCAAUUUCCCUCAAAGGAAUGGACAAUGAAAAUCAGUGAGAUGUCAGCAUUAAAAGAACAAUUUCUUUUACCAAAAGCUCAAGAUCCAGACCUGGGGAUAAAUUCUGUGCAAAACUAUGAACUCACAGCCAGUAACCAUUUUUCUCUGGAGAUGCAAAGAAGCGAAACUGACACCAGAUCUAUUAAACUAGUAUUGGAAAAAUCACUGGACAGGGAAGAGCAGUCAGUUUAUGAUCUGAUCCUUACAGCUUUUGAUGGUGGCGAUCCCAUUAGGUCUGGCAUAGUACAGAUUCAUAUCAUUGUUCUAGAUGCAAAUGAUAAUGUACCAGUUUUCAGCCAACCAAUCUAUGAAGUGAAACUCAAAGAGAACCUGCCCAAAGGAUCCACAAUAACUACAGUAACAGCUUUUGAUAUGGAUGAAGGAACCAAUGGAGAAGUAAAAUAUUAUUUUGAGGAAAUAAACAAGAACAAUCAAAACAUGUUUCUGUUAAAUACGACUUCAGGGGAAAUUAUCCUUGUGGGGAGCCUUGAUUUUGAAACAUCGUCAACGUAUGAAUUUGAAGUGCAAGCCAUGGAUGGGGGUGGGCUGAGUGAUAGGUCAAAGGUUGUGAUUUUGGUUACAGACUUAAAUGAUAAUGCACCUGAGUUAGCCAUCACCUUUGUGAUCAACUCGGUGCCUGAGAACUCUCCAGCCGGGACCGUCAUUGCCAUUUUAAAUGCCCGAGACAGAGAUUCAGGAGACGACGGAGAGGUUAAAUGCUCAAUUCCCAGCAACCUCCCUUUUCGGCUCAAGAAAACAAUGGAGAGUUUCUACAGUUUAGAGACAGAGAAAGCCCUUGACAGGGAACAAUUGCCAACUUACUCUAUUACUGUUACAGCGGUGGAUGAUGGGGCACCACCACUCUCUACAUCUGUGGUUAUUUCACUCCAGGUGUUGGACACAAAUGACAAUCCUCCACAGUUUCUGGAAUCAAAAUAUACCUCCUACCUUCUAGAAAAUAACCCAAAAGGAACCUCAGCCUUUUCCCUCAAAGCAAGUGACCCAGACUGGGAAGAAAAUGCCAGAAUAACUUACUCCAUCACUGAGAGCCAAAUGAGGGACUUGCCCCUCUCCUCCUACCUGUCCAUUAAUUCUGAGACAGGGACCGUCUAUGCCCUAAGCUCCUUGGACUAUGAGGAGAUUCAAGAGAUUCAGUUCCAGGUCAAGGCUCAGGAUGGAGGAUCCCCAUCGCUCAGCUCUAAUGUCUCGGUGACUCUCUUCAUCCUGGACCAGAAUGACAAUGUGCCAGAGAUCCUGCACCCCUCCCCUCCCGCUGAUGGCUCCACUGGGAUAGAGCUGGCCCCUCGCUCUUCUGAGCCAGGUUACCUGGUCACUAAAGUAGUGGCAGUAGAUGCAGACUCUGGCCAGAACGCCUGGCUCUCCUACCAGCUGAUCAGAGCAACAGAACCAGGGCUCUUCACUGUGGGACUGCACACUGGUGAGAUCAGGACUGCUCGGCUUUUUCUGGAGAAAGAUGCCCUGAAGCAAAUCCUGGUGGUUUUAGUGAAGGACAACGGGCAGGCGCCUCUCUCUGCCUCAGUCACUCUCACGGUGGUUCUGGCUGACAACAUCCCUGAAAUUCUCUCAGAUCUGAGCAACAUUUCAGCUCCUGUAGAUCCUCAGUCAGACCUCACAUUUUAUCUGGUGAUUGCAGUGGCGUUUGUCUCCUGCUUGUUUUUUACUUUCCUCCUUGUCUUAUUGGCCAUCAGAUUGUACAGGUGGAGGAAUUCGAAAUUGUUAGAGUCAGGAAGUAUACAUUUUAGUGGUGUCCCAGUGUCACAAUUUGUUGGGAUGGAUGGAGUCCGAGCCUUUCUUCAGUCGUACUGCCACACUAUUUCACUCACCAGAGAUUCUAGAAAAAGCCACUGCAAUUUUCAUGAGGAAAACUGUUCAAAUACUCUGACCAAUCAACCUCUAACCUGUGGGGCAAGUGACCCUAUCCUAGCCUAUGGAGAUUUAAACUUGAAGAAUGAUGAGCAAAUCUUAGUUAAGCACAACACAGGAGAAAUUAUGUUUCCAGACACUGGCCAUUUUAAUGUAAAGGUAUUCCUGUACAAGUGUGAAAUUGGAAGCUAUAACUCUAAGAAGAAAAAACAAACAAGGAAGGCAAUGACAGUAAUGGAAGCAAGCUACAUAAAGGGAAUACAGAAAUUCAAUUUGAGGCAAGUACUUUUUCUGUUCAUAUUCUGGGAUUUGGUCAACUGGGUGGUAUCUGAGCAGGUUCAGUACUCACUUUCAGAGGAAACAGAAAAAAAUUCCUUUGUGGGGAAUCUUGCUAAAGAUUUAGAGCUGGAUAUUGAACAUUUACAAAAACGCAAACUUGCUGUCUCUUCAGAAAAGCAAUAUUUUGCUUUGAAUGAGAAAAGUGGUGAUCUAUAUGUGAAUGACAGAAUAGAUCGGGAAAGAAUUUGUGAAAACUCACCUAUUUGUAUCCUGCAGUUAGAAGUUGUGGCACAUAAUCCUUUGAAUAUUUUCCACAUAAAAGUUUUCAUCCUAGAUAUUAAUGAUAAUGCCCCAUAUUUCCGAAAGAAAAAUAUCAGUCUCAAUUUGAGUGAGUCUCAUUUGCCAGGAGCUCGAUUUGCUCUGGGAAAUGCUGAAGAUGAGGACAUUGGAAUCAACUCACUUCAAGAUUAUCAUUUGAGCUCAACUUCGUAUUUCAAACUAGAAAUUCAAGAGAGCAAAGAUGGUGGCAAAUAUGCAGAAUUAAUUUUGCAAAAGCCAUUGGACAGAGAAAAGGAGCACACACACCACUUGAUUCUUACAGCUUCAGAUGGAGGACAUCCAGUGAAAACGGGGACUCUUAACAUAGAAGUCAAUGUUAUUGAUAUAAAUGACAAUCCACCAGUCUUCUCCCAGGCAACUUACAAAACAAGUCUGAAAGAGAAUACACCAAGAGGAACUUUUGUGCUUCAAGUGAAAGCAUCUGAUAGUGAUGAAGGGUCAAAUGCUGAGAUAUCUUAUAUUUUCUGGGAAAAUCCAGAAAAUGUGAAUCAGAAAUUUAAUUUGGAUCCCACUGAUGGAACAAUUUCACUUGAGGAAAGUAUUGAUUUUGAAGACAGAGAAAGCUAUGUGAUGAUAAUACGGGCAAGUGAUGGAGGUGGACUAGUGGCACAUUGUAAUGUAGAGAUUGAGGUUCUUGAUGAGAAUGACAAUGCUCCAGAUGUAAUUAUUACAUCUCUGUCCAGCCCCAUUCUUGAAGAUAUUCUGCCUGGAGCAGUGAUCGCCCUCAUCAAAGUCAAUGACAAAGAUUCUGGACUUAAUGGGGAAGUCACCUGUUACCUAAGGGAAAUUGUACCUUUCCAGGUGAUCUCAUCAUCAGAUAACUACUUCAAACUCCUCAUAGAUGGCCCCCUUGACAGAGAAAAAACACCGGUGUAUAACUUAACAAUUACAGCCACAGACCAAGGCACACCUCCUCUUUCCACAGAUAAAACCAUCUUAGUACCAAUCUCAGAUAUCAAUGAUAACCCUCCAGCAUUUGAAGAACCUUCCUAUGUCGCUUAUAUUCCUGAGAACAACCCAUCCGGAACAUCUAUUUUCCAAGUUAAGGCCUUUGACCCAGAUCUGGGUCAUAAUGCCCAAAUCACCUACUCCAUGCUUAACAGCAACAUCAAGAACCUUCCUCUCUCCUACGUUUCCAUUAACUCUGAGACUGGAACUCUCUAUGCUCAACGAUCUUUUGACUAUGAGCAGCUCAGAGACUUCCAGCUGCAAGUUCAAGCUCAGGAUGGAGGCUCUCCAUCUCUCAAUAAUAGCGCCAUGGUCAAAGUGUGUGUACUAGAUCAGAAUGAUAAUACUCCCCAGAUCCUGUACCCUUCCCAGACAACUCAGGGUUCAUCGUUCUUUGAGGUGGUGCCUCGCUCAGCUGAUUCGGGUUAUUUGGUGACAAAAGUCGUGGCUGUGGAUGCUGACUCUGGACACAACGCCUGGCUCUCUUUUCAUCUCCUGCAGGCCACAGAGCCCUCACUCUUCAUCAUUGGCUCCCAAACGGGAGAGAUCCAAACAGCUCGAGCAUUAGUUGAGAGAGACAUUAUCAAGCAGAGGCUGGUCAUCAUGGUGAGGGAUAAUGGACAGCCACCUCUCUCGGCCACCACUAGCCUCAACCUGGUCUUUGCUCAGAACUUCCAGGAGGCUCUUCCUGAAAUGAAUGCCCAACCUAAUAACUCAGAGGAUCAGUCCAAGCUCCAGUUUUACUUGGUUCUGACUUUGACUUUGGUGUCCUUUCUGUUCUUGGUGGCGGUAACUUUGGCCCUUAUUAUGAAACUUCAAAGGUCAAGGAAUGCCACUUUUUUUCAGUGCUUCAUUCCCGAUUCUCAUUCAAAGACUGGUACCGUAUUUCCUCCAAAUUAUGAAGAAGGGACUUUGCCUUAUUCUUAUCAGAUCUGUUUAUCCACUGAGUCCAGGAGAAAUGAACUGACUUUUCUGCAACCCAAUGUCCAAAUAGUGGAGAAUCUUUCUUCUUCUAAACCUGAUACAUCUGUUAUGGUCAGUGUAGAUAACGUUUUUGAUUCUGGAAAGGGCAUGGUUUAA